AUGGGUGCAUGUUGUUCCAUGCAUAUCAAGUACAAAGGUAAACGACGUUCCGAGUACGAAGACGAUUUGCCGGAGAAUCGAGAGAAGAGUCAUGAUACCAAGACGGGACAUAAUGGGGCAAUUCUCAGAUUGCGGGGUUCCUCUCCUUUCAUAUCGAUGUACACCCGCAAUGGCCACAAUAGGAUCAAUCAGGACGCCAUGACCGUUUGGGAGAAUUUUACGGGUGAGAAGGGUGCAUUCUUUUGCGGCGUAUUCGAUGGUCAUGGUCCGUCAGGUCACAGAGUUGCACGCUAUGCAUGCCACACCUUGCCCUCCAAGCUUUCUUUGAUCAUCGAAGUGUCACAACUUAAUGGUUGCAGAGAAAAUGAUGCACUAGUCAGUGCUGGACAAAAUGAUAGCUAUGGUGUUAACAAGGAUACAUUUUCCUCUUGGAAGACAAGUUUAAUUAAAGCUUUCAAAGAAGUGGAUGAAGAUCUUGACUCCGAGUUUUCCCUUCAUAGUUACAGCAGCGGUACGACCGCUGUAACUAUCGUUAAGCAGGAUGAACACUUGAUCGUUUCAAACUUGGGAGACUCUCGGGCAGUUCUUGGCAGUAGAAACAACAAAAAUCGACUCUUACCGAUCCAACUCACAGUCGACUUAAAACCAAGUAUACCAAAUGAAGCUGAAAGAAUUGAAGAGUGCGGAGGCAAGGUCUUUGCAAUGGAUGAAGAGCCUCAUGUACUUAGAGUAUGGGCGCCCGGUCAGGAUUGCGCUGGUCUCGCCAUGACAAGGGCUUUCGGUGAUUUCUGCUUGAAGUAUUAUGGCCUUAGCUCAAUCCCUGAAGUUUCUUAUAGAAGGCUUACAAGCAGAGAUGAAUUUGUAGUGUUGGCAUCCGAUGGGGUGUGGGAUGUGCUAACAAACAAGGAGGUGAUAACAAUAGUUGAAUCAGUAAAGCCACAAUCCAGAGCAGCAGAAGUUUUGGUUGAUUAUGCUGUUCAAGCAUGGAGAAGUAGAUGUCCCGGUUCCGAAGUAGAUGAUUGUGCAGUCAUAUGCUUGUUCCUCAAGGAAUAGCCAUUUAUGACCAUGGAAAUCAUUAAUUAACUUAUUUAUUAUAUUCAU